AUUGUUAACUGUGAUUGUUGAAAUAUCUGUCAUAAAAAUCAAAACAAAACAAAUGUGUCCUUUCAUCUGACACUGCAGGUGACUUUGGUAUGGUCAUUUGAUCUCUCGUACUUAAUUCAUUAAUUUAUUGACGCAUUCUUCAUUUUCUUCAAACCAUAUCAGCUACUCCAUUUGCCAAAACAAAAUGAGUGUUCACCUUGAAGUUAAGAACAAAUUUGGUCAUCAGAAAAAGAUAAGUGAUACGACAGAGUUUAAAGAACUGACCAAAAAAGAUGCCGAGAUUCAGCUUUGUCAUGAAUUGGAAAAAUUGCUCAUUACUGCUACCACUGAUAAAGAGAAAUAUGAAGUGGAUUUCAAUGGCUUCCAAAAACUAUUUCGUCAGUUUCUACAAGGAACUGGGCCAUCUGUUCAAUGGGAAAAAAUUGAACCUCUACCAGUUGACGCAGUAAAAAAUUAUGCAUCACUUCCAGAACCUCCCGUGUCUUCUAUAAAAUGUAUGCUUAACAAGCUGGUUGUCAUAAAGUUAAAUGGCGGUCUUGGUACAAGUAUGGGAUGUACUGGGCCAAAAUCUGUAAUACCUGUUAGAAAUGAUCUUACUUUUCUUGAUCUGACUGUUCAACAAAUUGAGCAUCUAAAUACACAUUAUGAUGCUGAUGUUCCUCUAGUACUUAUGAAUUCUUUUAAUACUGAAGAAGAUACUCAAAAAGUUCUGAGAAAGUACAGAGGAUUUAGAAUAAAAAUAUAUACAUUUACACAAAGCAAGUAUCCUAGAGUGAAUAAAGAGAGUUUCAUGCCUAUUGUUUCAUCACUUGAUGAGGAUGAUGCUGAAGGUUGGUACCCACCUGGCCAUGGUGAUUUCUAUGAAUCGUUUUAUAAAUCCAAUUUGUGUGAAGCUUUUCUUUCAGAAGGUAGAGAAUAUUGUUUCAUCUCAAAUAUAGAUAAUCUUGGGGCAACUGUUGAUAUAAAUAUUUUGAAUUCGUUGUUAAACCCAACAAAACCACCGUCUCCAGAAUUCGUUAUGGAAGUGACUGACAAGACAAAUGCUGAUGUGAAGGGUGGUACUCUUAUACAAUAUGAAGGUAAAUUGUGUUUAAUGGAAAUUGCUCAAGUGCCAAAAGAACAUGUUGAUGAAUUCAAGAGUGUGAAGAAGUUUAAAAUAUUUAAUACAAAUAACCUGUGGAUCAAGUUAGGAGCUAUUGCCCGCCUAGUAAAAGAAGAUUCUUUAAACAUGGAAGUUAUAGUCAAUCCUAAGCAUUUAGACAGUGGAAUAAAUGUUAUACAGUUAGAAAGAGCUGCUGGUGCUGCCAUGAAAGAUUUCUGUGGAGCACUUGGAAUAAAUGUGCCAAGGAGUCGUUUCCUUCCGGUGAAGAAGACUUCUGAUUUGCUGCUCGUCAAAAGCAAUCUCUAUGCCAUGCAGAAUGGCACUUUGGUUAUGAGUAAUUUGAGAGCUUUCCCCACUGUGCCACUAGUCAAAUUAGGAGACAACCAUUUUGCAAAAAUUCAGGAGUUUCUGAGACGUUUUGCUAGUAUUCCUGAUAUGUUGGAAUUAGAUCAUUUAACUGUAUCUGGUGAUGUUACAUUUGGGAGAGGCGUGUCUUUAAAGGGCACUGUCAUUAUUAUUGCUAAUCAUGGAGAUAGAAUUGACAUUCCACCUGGGUCAGUAUUAGAGAACAAAAUAGUGUCUGGUAAUCUUAGAAUAUUGGAUCACUAAUAUUUUAUUUAUGUAGCUUGUGUAAUCUCAUUUUAUUUAUACACCAUGAAAAAAAUAUGCAUGCACAAUUUAAAAAAAAAAAAUGGUUACAUUAUGAAAUUAAUGAGCAUUUAAAAUGAUCUGUUAAUCAAACAAAAAAUAUUGUUCUGACAUAUCAGUUUUCAGAGGUGCCUUAGUCUCUGAAAAUGUAAUAGAAAUAUUACAUUUAUAUGGACUAAGUAUUUUGUUAUAAUUCUAAUUGCAUUUAAGACACCAAAUAAAAUUUUAAGGGAUAAAAUAUAAAAUAAUCUUUUCCAUAUCUUUAAUUUACAGGCAUAUUUUUUUUAUAUAUUUCUUAUUUACAGGCUUUUCAUGUAUGAGAAAAAAAUAAGUUACAAUCUUUCAAAUUUUUAUUUUCGAACCAGUAUUAUAUUUUAUAGCAUUUUCUUAAUGAAAAAGAUUAUGCUUUUGUUUUUAAUUAGUUAUUGAAAUCAUUUUAUUGAGUGAAUCAUUAGAAAUGUUUAAUAUUGUUAAGAUAGCAUUUUAUAAUUCAGAUAAAUGCAGUUAAAUUAAAUACUUUACUUUUAUUGUUUUUUUGUCACUAUAUAAGGGGAGAAGAAACGAUCUGCUGUGUUAAUACCUUCCACAAUAUAAGAAAAUAAAUCAAUUUUACAAAUACAGGACAAGUCCUAAUCAGUACUCUAAUUUCUUAGGUGAACUAUACAAAUCGUAAUAAAUGUAUUCAUUAAAAAUGUAUACACAAGCUGAGAUAAUUUAAAUAAGUUGCGAAUAUACUUUUUGCAAAUGUUCGAUAUGUGCUUUUAUUUUAUGGAAUACAUCAACUGGGAAAUAUGAUUCUCAGCUAACUUGCUUUUCUAUCGACACUGACGAUAGCUGUGAUAUGCACUUUCAAAUCAAUAGUGUUUCCUGAACAAAGCGUCACUAACACACGUUUUUUAUGAAGCAUGACAAAAAGAAAAUUCCUUGUAGCCUGAUCUGGGUAUCAUAGUGGCAAUGGUAAGAGUAAUUUGUCUGCAGUAGAUACACCAUUUAACUAAGGUAUUGUUUAGUUUUCCUGAAAACGCUGAUUUACGAUUGGAAUUCUAGCGCCAUCUAUUGACGAAUUUUCAAAAUUACCACUGAUCUGCUCCAGUAUGUACAUUUUAAUGAAUAUAUUUAUUGCUUUUUGGUAGUACUCUUAUUAAUCUGGGGCAAUUCUUUUGAGCUUUGUAUUUUAUUAUCAUUUAUUGAUCAACUAGUGUAGUAGUCCUCUUUUUUCCAAACUAUGUGUUCAUUGACUGGAUGUAAAAUGUGAAGAUGUGUUUAACAAUUGUGGUAUUAUGUGGAUGUUUAUGAAUUACUAACAUAUUUAUUACAAUUAUAAUAAGGAAUCUAUUUUAAAUUUACUUGUUAUACAAAAAAAGUUGGAGUAUUUUUAACUUAAGAAAAAAAUAUUUAUUUUAAACUGUAGCAUUUAUACAUGUUAAAUUUUAGAUAGUGCCAUAAUAUUAUAAAGUGUUUAGAUAAAAGCAUGUCAAUCACCAUGUUAUCUGUAUACAGAUUCAAUAAAUGUUGUUUGAAAUUA